UUCAUUACAAUACGUGUGUAUUUUCGUGUGGCAUUUCGCGAUCAAUAAUUUGAUGUCGGGUCCUGGGAAAGUCGGGCGCGCGCAACUCCUCUUCUCGCCGUAGCGCCAUUACAGUCCCAGGUUCCGGCGAGCGAAGUCGUCCCGACGCGCGCCAACGCGUACGUAAGAACUGCAUGCGGGAGAGCCACCAGUACCGUUACCGUUAGCGUUACCGUUGCCGUUGGGAAGGAGGCGGGAGCCGACCCGGUUUAUGGUGUAAGACACAGUGGCCUCGGAUGAAGUCCAACGCGCGAACCGCUGUUGUUCGUUGUAUGUGGGGGUGAGUGUCGGCGUGAUGGGGCGGGGGCAGAGCUCGCCCAUGGAGCUCGGCUAGAGGCGUGCGCCCCUGCCCGGCUGCCCGGCCCCCCCUCUGCCGCCCUCACCACGGCCCACGCAUGGAGCCGGACCACCGGGACCACCGAUGCCACAGGCCCAGCGCCUUUGACAAAAUGGAGGGGUUGGUGAGAGAGAUGCAGGACACGGAGCACGGGGGCGUUCCAGUACGAAGCCAAAAAUUAUUCCUUACAUCCAUUCCCGCCGCUUUCAUGGGGUACGACUUAAUUGAAUGGCUGAUGGAGCGUCUCGGAAUCGAAGAAUCCGAGGCCCUCAACCUAGCCAAUCAGCUAUGUCAGUAUGGCUACUUUUUUCCUGUAAGCGAUUCAAAAAACUUGGUUGUGAAAGAUGAUAGUUCAUUAUAUAGAUUCCAAUCUCCAUAUUAUUGGCCUUGGCAAAACAGACCGCCGGAUAAUGUAGAAUACGCCAUUUAUUUAGCUAAACGAACUUUAAGAAACAAACAAAGGCACGGUCUAGAGGAUUACGAACUGGAAGCAUUGAGUAACUUACGAAAGAACUUGGCCAACAAGUGGGAUUUUAUCACGAUGCAAGCCGAGGAACAGGUGAAACUGUCAAAAGUCCUGAAAAAAGGUGAUAAAAUCAUCAGCGAUUCUCAAGAGAGGGCGUAUUGGAGAGUUCAUAGACCUCCACCUGGAAUGGUUACUUCUCUGGAGCAAUGUCCUGUUCCGACGCGUAGCUGGAACGGGUCCCGGACGCGUAAAAGGACCAUAGAAGACUGCAGGAGAGACGUUGAACUGUUGAAGAACAGUUUGUCGAGGACUCGCGUCAAAGUAUCUCAGGCUUUAGAGGGAAUGGUCCAACAUGUCGAAACUUAUGCGGAAUAUGAUCCUUUGAUAACACCAACACAACCUUCCAACCCUUGGGUCAGCGAAGAUACGACCUAUUGGCAACUGAACAGUGCACUUGUUGAAAUUCCUACAGAAAAGCGUGUCAGACGCUGGGCCUUAUCUAUGGAGGAACUAGUUUCAGAUCCGACAGGUUUGCAAGAGUUCACCAACUACCUCCGCAAAGAAUACAGUCACGAGAACAUCAGGUUCUGGAUGGCGGUAAAUGACUUGAGACGUUCAGCUCAGUCACAAAUCCAAAGGAAGGUUAACGAAAUUUUUGAAGAAUUUUUGGCCCCCGGUGCUCCUUGUGAAAUAAAUAUUGACGGAAAGACAAUGGAGAAGGUCCAUCAAGAGAUGAAAGCACCCAGCAGGUUCACUUUUGACGCCGCACAAGAACAUGUAUAUACUUUGUUGCUGAAAAAAGAUUGUUAUCCUAGGUUUAUUAGGUCGGAGUAUUAUAAAAAUCUUCUGGCGACUGGAAUACAACCUUCGCAGAAAAAACGCUUCUUCGGGUUCGGCCAAACGAAAAAGAAAACGUCAACGAGCAGUGCACCUAACCAGCAGCUGCUCCAGCAACAGCCUUCGCAGGGAGCCACAGUCACGUGCGGCGCAUUAUCCAAACGCAGAGGCAGCGACCGAAGCCUGUCCGGCUCGGCGCACGAGCUAGCAGUUUCUGGUGUGAAAGACUCGAAGGUGCCGCAUUCGCAUUCGCAGAGCAACCUGAGCGACAUUCCGUACAGGGGCGAUUUGGCGUGCCUUCCGAAAACCAGUCCAAUAGCAGCACCGGUUACCAGUCCAGUGAAGAAACCCAGUAUCGCCAUCGUGGCCGGAGCAUCCACGUCAGAAGAAGUGUGUCCUUGGGAGAGCGGUAAUGAACCACGUUCUCGCAAGAACUCCGCUCAGCUCGAUUCCGGAAGUUCCUCUUCCGAUAUAAGCGUGGCCGUGGCGGAGGUCUCCGAGAGGGUCCAGAGGGUUUGUACUUUGACACAGCAGCACACCGUCGACGGCAGCAGAAAGCUAUCCACCUCCACCAUGGACCCCCCUCGGAGAGCGUCCGUUUCCGUGCCAAUUACUCAUUCGACAACCACCGGAGACUCCUCCAAGCGGAAGGUGUCUUCUUUCGAAGACAAUAGUUCCGCCGCUACAAGCACGUCGUCAUCGGUGUUCGUAAUUCCUAGUGACACAGACAAUAAAGCAGAGGAAUGCACUAGUACUAGUAAAACUGUUGUUAAGAACCACGGUCUAGCUAAGGCUUGUUCAGUGACAGGAGCGAAUGCCCCUAUUAUCAGUGUCAGUUCGGUGGCUGAUGAUUUGCCGGUCGACAGUAAGGUAGAAGAGGAAGCUGAAGCGACUUGCAGCCAACAAGAACCGCUGGCGCCACUAGCUGAACCAGACAGCGAAUCUCCGGCCAGCGAACUUCCUCCUUCUGAGCCCAUCACGGAAGUCGAGGUCGACACGGAAGCCAAGAGUAACGAUGUCUGUCCUUGGGAAGACGACAACCCCGUUCAAGCCAAGACCUGUUCUAUCACUGCAUCAGCACAACGCACUUUAAAUCCACCUUGAAUAGAAUAGGGGGGAAACGUGUAAAGUGGACACGCCCUUCGUCAAGACUUAUGCUACUCUAGGCUACCUUUAAUGUCUUCGAUUGGAAAAUGUGCAGCCUCUAUCAAGAAAUUAUACGUGACGUUUGCUCACAAUUCACUUUAUUUGUUUGCUUAAAUAAUUGCGAUACAAUAUAAAUGACUCUCUUCGUAAAAUUAAACCUUUCCCAAGAAAAAAAAAAAAAUUUGAAAUAGCGAAAGAUGGAGCAAAUGUAAAACUUUCAUUGCAUAAAAUAAUACCUGUCUAAUCUAGAAGACUAAUUGCUACAAAAACGAACUCUAAAUGACUUUCUUUACUGAAACUAUAAACUAGCCUUCCGACGAAACGUUGCAUCAAUCAAAAUAUUUACAGUAAGAGAAGGUAACUAGAAACCUCUAAACCGAGAAAGUUAAUUCUGAUGGAAGGCUCGUCAAAAACUGUUACAGUAAAACAUCGCGAACACAGUUCUAACCUGCAUCUAAUAAACACAUUAUCUCCCGUCAGUGUUCGAGGUUUUGUUACAUACUCAGUUGAUCUCACAAUCUGUCAAAUCGAUCCAUUCUGUAUACCGGGUUAAAUCAGGGUAUAACGGAACGAUAACAAUGUCGGCAUUAGCAAUAGACUUUCUUGAGCCCUUAGUCAUUGUCUGGUGUUGACACCUUCACGUUCCGCCAUCCCCUACAAAAGUCAGAAACCAAAGCUGAUUUGUCUAUUACGGUACACUUUCUAUAUAUACUCAUGCAAGAGUACUACUAUGUUGUAUUAUAUUUGUACUAAUAUACGUAGAUGUUGAAGCAGAAAAAGAAACAAAAACGGAUUGUUGAUUACGGUGCAGUUUUCAACUCAAUCCACAUAAAAAUUGAUGUUACUGAUCACCUUCAUAAGUACUUAAGCACAAUAUUCUCUUAAUGUCGUAUCGUUGUAUUAGAUGUUAGUGCAUUUAAUUAUGUGUAUUGUAGAAUAGAGAUAUAUUAAUGUUGUUUUCAGUGGUGUUUCUGACUGAAGCAAUUCUCAAAAAGUCAACGACCUGCGAACACUGUCAACAAUACUUUCGUCGAAUGCGACUUUCGCUAGAAUUAACUUUUUCGAAAAUAGAUUUUUAGGAGACGAUCUUAUAUUUUGGUCUCCGACUUUUGAAAAUUUUCAAAUUUUUCAUAACCGUGAGCAAAUAUUUGUGAGUUAUACCAUAAAUGUUCCCGGGCCAUUUUGAUAAUAAAUUUUGGCCUAUAUACGUAUUUGUUGUUUACAUAACGUAGGUUGACUGUUAUUGCUUGAGAAAAAAAUGUUAAAAAAAAUCAGAUGGCCUCAUUCAUAGAAUAUCAGUGAUGUAUAUAUAUAUAACCCUUCGCUUAGACCGGGGUUUCAAUUAUGGAAUACUCAAUUAAACUUAACCUAAUAUACCACAUGCAAUGUUACUUAUUGAAGCUAUUUUUAUGAUAAAUGUUUUUGUCUCUUUAGAGUAUUGUGGUAAGCGUCAAAAUAUAUAUGCUGCCGACAGCGAGAAAGUUAGUGAUGUAUAUAGUUUUAUAAUAAUAGCCAUGAUAACGUAUUAUUAAAAUGUUAUCUACUUAAUGUACUAAAAAACAUUUUAUUUCUAGAAAUUGUUGAUAGGCAAUGUUAUAAAAUUACCGUAGAUUAAUGAAGUAAAAGGAAAAUGUGAUUUAA